CUCUGGCUGCUGAUCCGGUCUGAUCUUGGACCAGAUGCCAUCAGCAGCCCAACGACCUGCUGCCCUUGGGCUUUUCUGGCCUGCCCUCUCCUCCGCUCCGCUCCGCAACCGCCCUGAUUCCCAUGUUCCCGCUACCGCCCUUCCAGGUCCCACCCGAGGUUGCUCCUCCUGAGCCGCCAAGCCACGACAUGCACUAUCCGAUCGGCACGCUGCCGAUGCUGCCGUAUCCAAACUCCUCACAACCGCAACAGCAACCGCAGCAACAACAACAGCAACAUUACCAGCAUCCACAGCUGCAGUACCACCACCACCACCAGUUUCCGUUCCAGGACCCAUACCAGGACCCGUACCAGGAUCUACACCAGCACCAGCACCAGCACCAGCACCAGCACCAGCACCAGCAUCAGCAUCAGCACCAGCAUCAGCAUCAACAUACUCACUCGACGCUGCUGCCGCAUCCAUAUCACCUCGAGCGCAUCUCGCCCGACGACCGCAUCGACCCAAGGGCCUCGGCGGCCAUAUCGCAUCUAAUGCACAUCGCCUCGCAGCCCCACUCUGGCCUCGGCUUCUCGACCAUCGCUUCGAUGCCCGACCCUGCGGCCUCGCUGCUACCCUCGCCUGCUUUGACACCGGCACCACUUGCCAUUCUGCCAUCAACGACACCCUCAUCUCUCCCUGCUGCCGCAUCGCUGGCCCUGGUUGCCCCUCUGGCGCCCACAUCGCUGUCAUCGUCGGCAUCGCUCUCAGCUGUAUCGCUGAUACCCAACGGCACAUGCCAUUCUCUGUCGGGCUCGUCCGCAUCCCUCGCCAGUGCCUUGAAUUUCGUCGCCUGGCCGCCGCAUCCAACCGAACCCGAGCUGUUUGUAGCCAAGCGGACGGCCCCUGACUUUGCCAGUGCCGACCUGGACUUUCACCACAAGCGAGCCAAGCAUGCUUCGUCCACCGAUUUGCUCAUGUUCCCAAGCACCAUCGCAGCGAGCUCGCUGCCUCCUCCGGCCAUCUCCGCAGAAUCCGGCGAGGCUCCACCCGGCAAGGGCAAGCUCGAGCAGCAGCUCGUAUGCAUCCAAUGCGGCACGCAGUAUGCAACCCUAUCCAUGUUCGGCAAGGUACCGCCGUUCCCAGGGUCCUACAUCUCGCUCUUCACUUGCAAUCUCUGCCACCAUCAACGCAAGGCUGCAGGCUCCGAACGACAUAGCAAGGCGCACCCGACGGAUCUACAGCAGAGCUUGCUGGGCGCAGUAUCGUCGUCGGUGUCGUCGUCGUCGCUAUUGCACGGGGUGUUUACCAGUCACUCUUGCCCAGAGAGCGCCCUCGAGAGUCAGCAGGCGCUCAACUGCAACAUUUGCAAGAGAACGUUCGGAUUCGGCCAGAUUUCGACCCACCAUAGUCUGGCCGACAAGUCCAAAUUUGGCACCGAGCUCGUCUGCUCCCUGUGUCACUCAAAGUAUCAAUUCUGCACCAACUGUGGCGGAGGGGGCCAGUGGAGAACCGGGAAAUGGAGACCGGUUGAGCUCUUUGGCAACGGACGCAAGACUUGCCGACUGCCCCACGAUCGACUCCGGACGAUCCUCAAGGAGGAGUACAAGUCGAUACCCUUGCCCCUUGCUACCCACAACGACCAUCACGACAAGGGCUGCCACUCUGCCAGCCUUGCUCCCGAGCUCGGGCGGUUCGUUGGCUCGAAAAACUCGGACGAGUCCUGGCUGGACCAAAUCAGGCGCAUCUGGAUCGACGUCGGGCUCAUGAAGCUGGCGCAAACCCGGAUCAUGGAGAAUUUUGAAGCCUUCUCGACAUUCGAGCGCAUCACCAAGCGGAUCGACUUUAUGUGGGAGACCGACCUGCUGCCUAUCCUGACACAGCACCUUCCCGGCCGCAAGACUUACCUGACGGUGGCGUGCAUGUCCGAGAUUCCCAAUCGCAAGCAGCGCUAUCGCUCCGAAAAGGCCAAGAAGAAGAAGCUGCUUGAGGACGGUGGUGGUAUGCCGCAUACACCCUCGAGUCCACCAAAGUCGAGCGAGCAGAUUGUCGGUGCCUUCAGCACCGGAUUCUGGAACCAAACCGAGGGAACCUUCCGGAUAUCCCACCGGGCCGAUCGGCGACUCGAGGAUAUUGAAGGCAUUGCGCUCCCGCUGAUGUACCAGAUGAUGAAGCAGUUUGAGCAGGACGAGGCCGAGGCCCAAGCUGCUGGCAUGGGCUUCCCGCCGUGCAAGUAUGUUUGGUGUGUCGUCCGCAAAUCGGCAGAGCACAACAUUCCCGAGGGCGACCACGACCCCCAGGACAGCUGCGAGAGCUCGGACGACAGCGACCCUGUCCGUGUCAACCGCCUGUUCAGCGGGCCAAAGAAGGCGUCCAAGCGCUCGGCGGUGGACUCGUUCCGGUCUCUGCUGGGCCGGCAAGGAUUCUUGACGAUGGACGAGUUCCGCGCUCGGCAUCCAGAAGUCAAAGAGUACCGCUUUACAGACCUGGGGGCGUAUCCGCCCGAAAUCAUGCCCAAUUUUGACAUUUAUGUGAUGGUCCUUGAGGAUUUUACUGCCUUCCUGAAGGUUUCGCUGCCCAAAGAGCAGCACUGAUUCCCCUCCGCCAACCUUGCAUCGAUAUCUUGGCUGCCAUCCGCUCUCCCCUUCGCUGCAGUACCUUGAAUCUCCCCUGUCCCACCCAGCAACAACUGUGAAUAAAGCACACAAACCGCAUGGUCUCCC